GUAUGCAUGUAGGCUCAGUUGUUUUGGAAGGAAGAAACUUUCAAACAGAAAAAAACCCUAAAUAAUAAUAACACGACAAAAUGACGUCAUCGACGAGCAUCUUCCUCUUCCUGGCCAUCUUCGCCCUCACCACGAUGGCCUUCAACUUUGACAGGCACGGCAAGGGGGAGAUAGUGGAUGACGAAGACAGGGCAUUCAUCAGGGAGCAACACUUCAACAGGUCACGUUACGUCAUCAGGGAGCCAGCCAAUAACUGCAGAGAAUUGGGUAAAUGUUGUGAGGCCAAGGACAUUUCUUGCAAGGUCACACCCUCCAGUGGGGAAACUUGUUAUUGUGACGUCAACUGCAAGGAGAAUGAAGACUGCUGUGAAGAUUACGAUGACGUCUGCUAUCCAAUGGACUGCGAGCUCGGUGAUUGGUCACAGUGGAGUGAGUGCGACCCAGGUUGUGGCAUGGGUAGGAAGAGUAGGUCAAGGCCGAUUCUGACCAUGCCCCGAAAUGGAGGCAAGCCCUGCGGCAAGACCAUCGAAUGGGCGGGUUGCAGUGACGAUGACGGCUGCAAGAAGAGCAGGGCCUCCCUCAUUGAAAAUGCAGCCAAAUCCGCCAUGAUCGUUCCUGCCAAAUUCGGAAAGGCUAGAUUUGAACCAAAGUACGACCAAAGACACGGAAUCAUAGAAAACCUCCAUAGACAUAACAACCCCAAUAGCACCAACAUUCAAACCUACUGUGCAGUCUUUGAAGUCACUUCCAUAUCCGUCGGCUGUGGCGUCACUGAUCUAGGAAAGAGGGGGUUUGAUGCCGUUGAUAGGGAGUUCUUCAAAGAGAAAUUUGUCUUAGGGGCCAAAACGUGUGUCGAAUGCCAAGAAACUGCCAUGAAAGCUGACCUCGGAUCAAGAUGCUACGGUGGUGGCCUCAAGGACGUGGAGACGCGCUGGCAAAUAGAUGCCGAUUGUAAGGGCAUGUGGAAGCUGGUGUCCGAAGAUACGAAUUGCUCAUGCGCCAAAAAAGAUGAGGAAUCUUUCGAUAACAACUUCCUGUUCGUUUAAAAAUCCGGAAGACGAAAAAUGUCCGAAAAGGAAACUUAAAUUUUAAAAAGUUUUAUAUGCAAUAAAAUGUAUAACUCUUAUGUAGUAUAUACAAUUUUGAAAUGUUUUAUACAAAUAUCGAAUUGAAAAUUGAAUUGUAAUAAUAACGAUUAAUUUGUUAUAUAGCGAGUUUGCUGACGAAUUGACUUUUUUUCAUUUGUUUUCUCUUGUUUCUGAAACAUUAUUUUCUCCAAUUAACUCUGACGUUGUGUUGUUGAUAGCUCAUGUGCUGGUUUUGAGUCAAUCAAACAUAUACACAUGUAUACUUAAUAUAUUAUAUGUAUAUACUAUAUGACCAAUAUAUACAUGUAUGUAUGAGUAUACGUAUAUAUGUAUCAACUCAUCAUUAUAUAAUGCAACGAAACUAUCAUGUUUGUGAAACAGUUUGAUAUGCAAUUUGUUUUGGCGGCAAAUUUAAAUUUUAAAUGUUUUCCGGCCAGAAGAUACUAUUUGCGCGGCUAACUUCUUCAAUAGAAUGAUGACAUUUUAAACUGUUGGAGUUUGUAGUUCAGUUUUUUUCGUUAUUUGAAAGAAAUUUUUGUAGAAACAAUAAACUAGUUGUGCACGCUUUAACUUUUU